UGGAUCGGCGUGGCUCCUCCUCCUAGAGCGGCAGUCUUUUCCCGCGCGUGCUGCCUUCGCCGCUCGAGUCGCUCAGGGGAAAACAUGGCGUCUGCCCUGGAGCAGUUCGUGAACAGUGUCCGACAGCUCUCUGCUCAAGACGGAGUCUUGCUCUGUUGCCCAGGAUGGAGUGCAGUGGCGUGAUCUCAGCUCACUACAGCCUCCAUCUUCCAGGUUCAAGGAUUCUUCCAUUUCAGCCCCCCAAGUAGCUGAAAUUACAGGGCAAAUGACACAGCUUUGUGAACUGAUCAACAAGAGUGGGGAACUCCUUGCGAAGAACUUAUCCCAUCUGGACACUGUGCUCGGGGCUCUGGAUGUACAAGAGCACUCCUUGGGCGUCCUUGCUGUUUUGUUUGUGAAGUUUUCUAUGCCCAGUGUUCCUGACUUUGAAACGCUGUUCUCACAGGUUCAGCUUUUCAUCAGUACUUGUAAUGGGGAGCACAUUCGAUAUGCAACAGACACUUUUGCUGGGCUUUGCCAUCAGCUAACAAAUGCACUUGUGGAAAGAAAACAGCCCCUUCGAGGAAUUGGCAUCCUUAAGCAAGCCAUAGACAAGAUGCAGAUGAAUACAAACCAGCUGACCUCAAUACAUGCUGAUCUCUGCCAGCUUUGUUUGCUAGCAAAAUGCUUUAAGCCUGCCCUUCCAUAUCUUGACGUGGAUAUGAUGGAUAUCUGUAAAGAGAAUGGAGCCUAUGAUGCAAAGCACUUUUUAUGUUACUAUUAUUAUGGAGGGAUGAUCUAUACUGGGCUGAAGAACUUUGAAAGAGCGCUCUACUUUUAUGAACAGGCUAUAACUACUCCUGCCAUGGCGGUCAGUCAUAUCAUGUUGGAAUCAUAUAAAAAGUAUAUUUUAGUGUCUUUGAUAUUACUUGGCAAAGUACAACAGCUCCCAAAAUAUACAUCUCAAAUUGUGGGUAGAUUCAUUAAGCCUCUUAGCAAUGCAUACCAUGAGUUAGCACAAGUGUAUUCAACCAACAACCCCUCAGAACUCCGAAACCUGGUGAAUAAGCACAGUGAAACUUUCACUCGUGAUAACAACAUGGGACUGGUGAAGCAAUGCUUGUCAUCUCUUUAUAAGAAGAAUAUUCAGAGGCUAACAAAGACCUUUUUAACUCUGUCAUUACAAGAUAUGGCAAGUCGUGUGCAGUUAUCUGGACCUCAGGAGGCAGAAAAAUACGUUCUGCACAUGAUAGAAGAUGGUGAGAUUUUUGCAAGUAUUAACCAGAAGGACGGUAUGGUCAGUUUCCAUGAUAACCCUGAAAAAUAUAAUAAUCCAGCCAUGCUUCAUAACAUUGAUCAGGAGAUGCUGAAGUGCAUAGAGCUGGAUGAGCGGCUGAAGGCCAUGGACCAGGAGAUCACAGUGAACCCCCAGUUUGUGCAAAAGAGUAUGGGCUCACAAGAAGAUGAUUCAGGAAACAAACCAUCCAGUUACUCCUGAAAGUAACAUCCAUCCUGAGCUAAGCGAGAGAAACUACCAUCUUGGCCAGUGGCAAAUGUUCAGAGGGCAGCAGAGAGGACCAAGCCUGUGUCACCUGGUUAUUAAGAAAUUAAGUUUUGUUUUGAAAUCUUCAGUCCUAUGUGCUUUCAGAAAACCAUUCUCUCUGCAAAGAAAGGAAACAGAUUUGCAAACUUUAAAGUCUGUCAUGGAUUUAUUUAUCCUCAGAUUAUUGUUAUUGCAUUAAAUCUACCUUUUUGUUUUAAA